AGAGUGAUCAGUUUGCAGGGUCAGAGCACACAGCACGCGGCCACACACACCCCGUAGUCCGGCGGCGGAGCGAGCGGAGGUCCCGGAGCCGGAGCUCUCACAGGCUGGGCAGAGGAGCGCAGAGGAGGCGCGCUCUCUUCCCUCACUCCGCGUUCCCGUCUGCUCCUGCUGGAGAUAAAUUAACGGAAAGCAGCUGUCGGUGGUUUCAGAGGCGAGGCGGCCGUCUGGCAGCGGAGGGUUCUGCGUCUCUUCCUUCCUGCUCGCAGCUAUUUUCCCGGGACUGUGCUGCCGCACCCUCCGUCCCGGGCACCGAGGAGCUUCACCGCCGCACGCCGGCCACAGUGCACCGCAGGGCGGAAAGACAUGCUGCCGAGGUCCGCCUCCUGCCGCGACUCUGCGGAGGUCUGAGAUGCAGUUUGGGGACGUUUUGGAGCUCCGCGCUGGCCACUUCUAACGGGACUUUUCUCUUGUUGCUGGAGAUGUUCUUCGUGUCUGGACUCAAAGUUGUGCGUUCCCCGGCGGAGGGCCUCUAACAGGUCCGGACAGUCCAUGUAACCCGAGGCGGGGUCAAAGUUCAGCCCUGGUUGGAAAUGUGAAAGCGAAGGGGUCAAAGGAGGGCGCGAUCUCCCCUCUCACUCUGUCUCCUUCUUUUUUCUCUUCUUUCCUUUUUCUCACACACGCACGCGCACACACACUCGAGCUGGAGUUACAGUAACACCCCCCACGCGCACCCCCUCACAUAAACACACACACCUUCCACAUCUAAGAUUAGACCGGACAGAUAUGUAUUCUCCGCUAUGUCUAACACAGGAUGAAUUCCAUCCUUUCAUUGAAGCCCUGCUGCCCCACGUCCGGGCCUUCGCCUACACAUGGUUCAACCUGCAGGCCCGCAAGAGGAAGUACUUCAAGAAGCACGAGAAGCGCAUGUCCAAGGAGGAGGAGCGCGCCGUGAAGGACGAGCUGCUCAGCGAGAAGCCCGAGGUCAAACAGAAGUGGGCGUCACGCCUCCUGGCCAAACUGCGCAAGGACAUCCGACCCGAGUUCAGGGAGGAUUUCGUGCUGACGGUGACGGGGAAGAAGGCGCCGUGCUGCGUGCUGUCCAACCCUGACCAGAAGGGCAAGAUGAGGAGGAUCGACUGCCUGCGCCAGGCGGACAAAGUGUGGAGGCUGGACCUGGUCAUGGUGAUUUUAUUCAAAGGGAUUCCCCUCGAAAGUACUGACGGGGAGAGGCUGGUAAAGUCUCCUCAGUGUUCGAACCCCAGCCUGUGCGUGCAGCCGCAUCACAUUGGAGUUUCAGUCAAGGAGCUGGAUCUCUACCUGGCCUACUUCGUGCACACAGAAACUGGCCAAUCAGAAAGCCCGAAUCAAGCCAGUGAAUCAGACAUCAAGGAGCAGCCAGAGAAUGGUCACCUGGGGUUUCAGGACAGCUUCGUGACGCCUGGAGUCUUCACGGUGGCCGAACUCGUUCGAGUCUCUCAGACGCCCAUCGCAGCCGGCACCGGGCCAAAUUUCUCACUGGCGGACCUCGACAGCUCCUCCUACUACAGCAUGAGUCCAGGAGCCAUGAGGAGACCACUGCCCAGCACCUCCUCCUCCAGCUCUGCCAAGAGGAUAAAGUGCAUGGAGGAGGACGUGGACAGUCCAGGAGAGGAGUCUUACUACCCGAGUCAGGGUCGAUCUCCAGGCAGCGGCAGCCAGGCCAGCAGCUGGCACGAUGUGGAGCCAGCGAGCCCCCACGCUCCCCCCUCCAGCCUCCACUUCUCCUCCUCCCCCAUCCUGCAGCAGCCUGGCUCCUACUUCUCCCACCCAGCCAUCAGGUAUCACCCGCAGGAGACACUCAAGGAGUUCGUCCAGUUGGUCUGUCCUGACUCCGCCCAGCAGGCCGGACAGGUGGGCUUCCUCAACCCUAAUGGUAGCUCCCAGGGAAAGGUCCACAACCCUUUCCUGCCGACACCCAUGCUGCCUCCCCCGCCACCUCCCCCGAUGGCCCGUCCCGUCCCACUGCCUGUCGACGCCAAGCCGCCCUCCACCUCCUCCACCGAGGGCGGAGGAAACUCACCCACGUCACCCACCUACUCCACCCCCACCACGUCUCCAGCUCAGCGGUUUGUCAGCGUCGGACCUCGAGACCCCGGCUUUAACAUCCCUCAGCAACCACAGUGGUACCUGGGAUAAGGACUCCAGAGGCCCCUCCACCCUCCACCCAUCUGUACGACAGAUCGCUGCAGACUCCUCCUCAACUUUUGUCCUUUGAUGCCAGCUGUGACAGAAAGCCCCGUCUAACCCUGUCCCUACUCCUUCCCCAUUUACGCCUGACUCCGCCCCCACCAGCGCCAUACACAGGCUCAGCAGCAUCAGCAUGGCUACAGCGGAUCAAACACACCCUGACCCUGGUGUUUAACACCAACCUCUUAACUGUAUGUCAUAGACAUCCCUGUAGACAUAUGGCUCAUACAUCAGUGUCCAUAUAUAGUGCCAGAGCCCCCCCCCCCAAAAAAAAUCCAGACCAGGUUGAUAAAUUAGCGGGGGGAACUGAGCCUUCAAUCUUUGGGAAAGACUGAAUCACAGAGCUUCCCCUGUGGAUUAAUGACAUGUAUACUCUCCCAUCAUCCUUUGCAUCCAGUGGACUUCCAGUCGUACAAAAUCCUUCCCACACCCACCACCCGUCCCCCCCAUCCGGAUCCCGAUGGUUUGGGGAUUUGUGUAGUUGGGAUGUGGCACAGUUGGAGGGAGGGGGCACCACCACCGCCACCACCUGAGCCUUCAAGCACUUCCUGGGAUGGACUCCACACCCACUUGAUCCCGCCCCUCGGUUGCUGGCAGGUCACAGAGUGGGGAGUUGGAAUGCUCUUUGAAUGGACAUGGACCUGAGUGGAUUUGGAGGUGGUGCGGGCGCAAACAGAUGCCCCACCUGUUUCACAGUAAUAACUUGAACUCCAUGUGGAGGGGUGGGGGCUGUUACUGAGCG